CCCCACCGCCCCCGCCUCCGCCCGCGCGGGGCGGAGGGGGCGGGGCGGGCGCGCCCCCGCGCAGACGCGGACGGCGGGGCGCGCGCAGGUGGCGGGCGGCCCCGCUGCGCUCGCCGCCGCCGCGGGCUGGCCUCCGCCGGGGUUAGCGCGUCGCCGGCGGGCGAGUGAGAGAAGGAGGGAGGAAACCAGCGAGCGCCGGGCGGCCGGGCCGGGGCUGCCGCCGCCUCCCACGUGAAGGGCCGUAGCCGCCCGGGUGAGCGCCGCGGUCGGCUGAGGAGCCCCGCUGCCCCGCAGCGCGGGGGCUUCCCCUCCGCCUCCCCGCCCGGGGCCCGAGCCGAACUGCUUGCGGGCCCCGUGGGGCGCCGCUGCCCCGCUCCCGCCCCGCCGCUUCUGGGAGGCGGCUGGCGCCGCUGCCCCCGUGAACACCCCUCACGGGGUGGGCGUGGGGAGGGGGGGCUGCGGAGGCCCCCCGCCCCCGGGCGUCCCAGCCCCGCCGGCGGUGGAUGCGCCCGGGAGGAGCAGCCGAGCCCGCCCAGCCCUUUCAGCCCGCGGGGGGGACGCGGGGCGCCGCGAUGACUUGACGCCGGGCCGCGGCGUGCCGUGCCAUGGAGGGGAUGACACGCUUCGUGGUGGCCUCGGCGGCCGCGGCGUGGUGGCGGCCGGCGCUGCCCGCCCUGCUGCCGCUGCUACUCGCCGUGCCGGCGCUGCGGGGCUCGCCCGCCGCAGAUGAGAGAUCCUUGGAGCAGCAAAAUUUUUCCUUUUUCUCAAUGGACUCAAAGGUGCACCAAAGCGUAUCAGGCAGCAGGACACAAAUGGCCUUAGCAAAAAGUACUUUGGAGUCCCAAGAAAAUAAUUUCCUUGAAACAGUUUUAUCAUCAGUUACCACUCCCUUUGAUAUGACUUUAUUUAACCAAGAAGAAAUGGUCAGGAUUUCAGAAGGGAGAAGUACACCAUUGGUAGAUGUCUCCGUAACAAGCAAUGAGGCAUUCUUAAGUGAUGAUGAAUUUAUUAGCUCCUUUCCAAAGGCACAGUGGACUCCUCCACUGAAGUCUUUUGCAGUUUUAACAGAUCAUCACUCAGUUAAUGCAGUAGAGCCACCAAGAGAAACGUUAGAAACUGUGUUGCUAACACCUUCAUUAUCAGUCCUUUUAUCACCAUAUGAUAUCUCAAAAACAGCACAGCAAAAGACUCUGUUGAGUGCCGUCCCUGAGCGGAGUAACACUCUUACAGAAUCGAAGCCUUUUGUACCAGAUAGUGAAAUGCUAACAGCGAGCAGAGAUUUGCCAUUGUACCCUCCAAAUACCGCUAUUUAUUUCACUUCUAUUCCUUCAGAGGUGGGAGCUGCAGUGCAGGAAAACAUAAAUGCAAGUUUAACAGCUCUGCCUUUUGGGACUGCUUCAGAAGGGUCGCCUCUUCAUCUCAAGUUGCUGGAUAAAAAUAGCCCUCUGACCCCAGAUGUCACAACACGAAGUGCAGACCCAUAUGGUGACGUUUACGGUGAUGUGAGUAGCAGGGCAGCAGAAACUCUUAAUCUAAGAACCUACCCCACUCCAAGCGUUCCCUGGGCUGCGCUGGCUUCAGCAGCUGGUGCUGAGCCUGCUUUGUUUCCUAUUAGUCUUCCAGUCACAUCUUUCCCGCUUCACUCUGCUGCCAUCUCCACAGAGUCUAAUAUGGUUCUUAAUGCCAGCCUGUUUACACAUGAAUUCUCCAGGACAGCACCAAAUUUGCCUGCCGGUUCAGAAAUACCAAGUCAAUCAGAGCUUGUCAGUGAGCUCAUGAGUCCAGUGCCUUUCACAAGAUCAUACAGUUCUUGCCUGUAUUGUGACUCAGUUUCACUUCUGCCAGAAGCAGGCUUUUCCCCAGAACAUGACGUGGGCUCAGGAGAUUAUGUUGAAACUUUAUCCAUCAAAGCCUCUGAAGUACAAGGCAUAACUCCAUUUACAACUAUAAUUACUGACGGGUAUGAAUUAGAGGAACCUACACCUGAGACUUUUGAUACUUCUUUUCCAUCAAGACCAGUUGUUUCAUUUUCUUCACGAUUCGCAGAAAUGCCUGAUUCAAGCAUGUUUUUAAGCACAAUGGAUGCUGUCCUGAACAAUAGAACAUCUAUAACAAUUUCCCCUUCCUACCAUCAGAUCCCUGGAGAAACAUCACUGAACAUCUCUGCUGCCCUGUUCUCCCUCCCUGUUCUGGAAACAGUUUUGUUGACACCAAGCACUCAUGUAGAACUCCCUGAUGCCACCACCAUUCUGUUUGACUCUACCUUCCUCCCGAGUGAGCCAGUAGCAUCAUUUGCAGUCAUUCAUACAACUUUGCUGGAGUCACCAAAAUUAAUGCCAUCAGAAUCUGUGGUUUUGCUUGACAAGACAUCUACUAGGGAAGAACUGUCUUUAAAUAUUUCAGAUUUUCCAUCCAAUCUUUUAUCAACACCUUUUCUUAUUGAACCUAGCUACUUGUCUUUAUCAUUGGCCAUGCUAAAUUCUUACUCUGUCAUGCAAAGUGAUUCAUCAACACUCUUACCUCAGACCUUGUUGACUGGGACAUCAGUACUUUCUGAGGAUGUUUCCAGCUGGGACUUAGCUACCACUCUCAGCUCUGCUACUGAUGCCGAGGUUUCUCAGUUCCCUCUCGGACAAACAUCAUACUUUUAUUCAAAUGCAUCCUCCAUUCCAGGUGCACCUGUUCCUGAAAUAACACUGUCAUCACAUUUUCACUCUGAGUCGUCUGUGUUUCUGGAAGCACCCUCAGUAUUGCCAGCGGGCUCUGAAGUUGUGUUUACCUCAGCUGUUACAGGAGCUACCUCUCAGUUGGAGCCCUCACUCUCAGCCUCUCACUCCGUGGUUCCUACCCUGGUGCUGCCCACUUCCGACACCCAGUCUGUUACCAGCAGCAUCUUGCUCAAUGAAACUAAUCUGAUCUCUUUGUUUACUACCUUUCCAACAACUCCUGUCUUAGAUGUAUCUUCACCUCUGCUCUCAACUGCUUCAGCUUCCGAUGAGGAUAUUGGUGCUACAGUUAACCCCACGCUGCUUUUCACAUCUCGCAGCGAGGGCAGUGCCCACACAGCCCUUCCUCCGGCGGACCCUGGCAACCUGACGUCACGUGUCGACACCAGCAGCACGAUGCCCUUUCCUACAGCAUCUCCGUCUGUGACCACGCUGUUUGCUCCCACGCAAUUUCCUCCGACUUCUAGCCCUCACACUGGAUACGAAGUUCCAGCAGGAAGCAGUGCAACUGCUGGUACUGAUGCAUCAGCUGCUCCCUCCACUGUCCCCAUGACCACUGCCACCACAGGCAGCCGUGGCACGACUGCUGCAGGCAGCCUGGGGACAUUCUCCUCCACCCCUCUGGCAACCACUACUCCGUCUGAACCUACGGUUGUAACCUCUGCUGUGACCACUACCAGGCAACCCUAUGUCUGCGACAUUACGGUUCCCGAUGCUUACUUAGUCACUGCAGUGCUGGCCCGAAGAGCUGUUCUACAAAAUGUCAGUGAAUCCAUCAGAGAAGUGCUCAGAGUUCAGUUCAGGCGAUCAGUAGAGCUAGAGGUUUAUAAAAUUUCCCCCAAAUUUGCUUUCUUGGUGACAUCAGGUCCUUUUGUUUACACGGCAGUAGCUGUCAUAAAUGUGCUUGUGAACAGCAGUCUUCUUCGUGGUGAGGCCCCCAUGAUUCUCUCACUGCGUCCUUCUUUCACUGUGCCAGAUAACAGAUUCCAAGUUCAGACAGUGCUUCAGUUUGUGCCUCGGAACGUGGAUGUUGGGUUCUGCAACUUCAGCCGACGCAUUGAGAAGGGGCUGACAAUGGCAUUCAUGGAGGUGAGCAAACACCAGGAGUUCUACAACUUCACUGUGCAGAUACUGAAUAUAACUCUGAGUAGGCCUGGGGCAGCAUUUCGGCAAGGCCCCGUGAGCAUUGUUUUUGCCGUCCGAGAUAGAUAUGGUUUUCUAAAUGGGUCCGAAGUCAGUGAGCAACUAAGAAACUUGUCUGUGGUGGAAUUCAGCUUCUAUCUGGGCUUUCCUGUGCAGCAAAUCGCUGAACCCUUUCAUUAUCCUAAGCUUAAUGUGUCUCAGUUGAUGAAAUCUUCCUGGGUGAGAACAGUUCUCUUGGGUGUCGUCGACCAGCGAAUUCAGGAGGAAGUGUUUCAGGCUGAGAUGGAGCGGAAACUGGCUCACCUGUUAAACGAGGCUUUGGUCAGAGGGCGGAUAUGGAGACGAGCCAGUUUUGCAGGCAGCAACAUUGUGCAGAUAGUGAACGUGUCACGGUUAGUUGGUGUUGAUAACCCUGUGGAGCUGAUCUAUUUUGUGGAGGACCAAGACGGAGAGAGACUCAGUGCUCUGAAGUGCUCAGACCUGAUGAACAGAGUUGAUAUCCAGCGGGCUGCAAUCAUCCUUGGAUACCGCAUUGAAGGCACCGUUGCACAGCCUGUGGAGAAGCUGAAGGAGUCCACCUCAGAGACACAGAAUAGCAACUUAUGGAUUAUUGUUGGUGUGGCAGUCCCAGUUGCUGUGGUGCUCCUGAUUGUUAUUAUUUUAUACUGGAAACUUUGUCGAACAGACAAGCUGGAGUUUCAGCCAGACACGAUGAGCAACAUUCAGCAGCGACAGAAGCUACAAGCCCCCAGUGUGAAAGGCUUUGAUUUUGCUAAGCAGCAUCUGGGCCAGCACAAUAAAGAUGAUGUCCUGAUUAUCCAUGAGCCAGCUCCUUUACCAGGACCUAUUAAGGACACUACCCCAUCUGAAAAUGGAGAUGUGCCCAGCCCCAAGUCCAAGACUUCCUCAAAACCUUCAAAGACUGUUCGACACAGAGGGAGAGUUUCACCAUCAGAUGCUGAUUCCACAGCAAGUGAACAAUCCAGUGGGAGAGAGACAGGAGAAGAAACUGCAAGACCAUCAACUGUUGCGAAUGAGGGCAAACCACGCAGAGCAGCAAAGAAGGGACCCCCUCAGACCAGCAGUGGAAACGAGCAGCACUCGUCAGCCUCCAUCUUCGAACAUGUGGAUAGGAUGUCGCGUUCCUCAGAUGCCAGCAGACGCGUCCCAAGCAAGAUCCAGCUGAUUGCUAUGCAACCGAUGGCAGCACCUCCAGUUCAGAACUCGGUGCUUUCUGAUCGAGUAGCAGAGACCAACAAAAUUAAUAAAGAGAUACAAACAGCCCUGAGGCAUAAAUCUGAGAUUGAGCAUCACCGCAAUAAGAUUCGUCUUCGUGCCAAACGCAAAGGGCACUAUGAAUUUCCAGUGGUGGAUGACGUGGUGGUGGUUGACUCCAAAGAACAGCACAGAAUAUAUCGCAAGGCACAGAUGCAGAUUGACAAGAUCUUGGACCCUGGAGGCAGUGUGCCUACCGUCUUCAUAGAGCCCAGGAAGAGUUCUCGUGCAAAACGUUCUCCCAAGCAGCGCCGGCGACAUCAGAUAAAUGGUAGUCCGAUUGAUGCAGAAAAGGACAGGUUAAUCACAACUGACAGUGAUGGGACAUACAAAAGGCCUCCAGGAGUCAAUAAUUCUGCAUAUAUUUCUGAUCCAGACUUGCCUCCGGAACCUCAGACAUCAUCUUCAGCUGAUCUGGGGAAGUUCCCCGGCUUGCCUUCCCACCCAGUCUCCCAGUACAUCCCACCACAGCCAUCCAUUGAAGAGGCUCGGCAAACCAUGCACUCACUGCUGGAUGAUGCUUUUGCGCUGGUGGCUCCCAGCAGCCAAGCAGCCAAUUCCACGGCCGUCACACCACCCGGGGUCUCUGCAGGACAGCCGGUAAACAACACUCCUGCUCGAGCAGGGAGGGGAACCACAUGCACCCAGUGGGGAUCACCUUAUGGUCCAACUCAGGCAGUAAACAACCCAUUUAAUAGAUAUGUGGAAUUUGGAAUGACUCCACCAACAGCACCAGGUCUCCUACCAAGGCAGAACUUUGGGCCAGGUUUUCUUCAACCUGCAGAGUUAAUGCACCCAGACCAGCAGCCGCCUGAGGUUCAGUAUUCCUCCAGAGGGAUAUACUCAGAGGAAAUGCCAUCAGUGGCACGGCCACGACCAGUUGGAAGCACUGCAGGUUCUCAGAUACAGCACCUCACUCAGGUGGGAAUUGCUAGCAGGAUCGGAGGUCAACAAGUGGAGAUCCCCUCAGGCAGAGCAGGGCAUGGCCAGCCGGGGGGGCCAGGGUGGCCCCAGUACCGUGGAGAGGAGGAAUAUGCUAGGCGAGAUGCAACGCAUAUGCAUGGACACCAAGAAUAUUCCUCCUCACCAGUAUUCCAGAUGCCGAGGACUUCAGCCAGGCAGCCUUCGGCACCCCCUGCUCAGCUUCCACACAACAGCCUGCAGGGCCAGGGCCUUUGCUACACCACCAGUUCCACUGAGGACCUCCAGCCAGGUCACUCUUCAGCCUCUCUUAUCAAAGCAAUUAGAGAAGAACUUCUACGACUUUCUCAGAAACAGACAACAGUGCAGAACUUCCAUAGUUGAUUUAGCAUUCCCUUGCAAAUCUGCCAGGUAUCUGCUUCCUAUGGAAGCAAAGACUUAGAGGAAAUCAGCAAUGUUGUUCUCUCAAAAGAAUGAACUUUCACAGCUCUGUUGACAACACUCUGGAAAAAACGAAGAAGGCAGCAAAAUGAGGAUAGUAAGGAGAGAUGGGGACAAACAGGGAAAAUCAUCAGUGUCAUCACAAGUAAUAUUAAUUAAUCUGCUAAUAUUACGGUGCUCCUCUUCUCUCCAUACCCUCAUUCAACCUAACACAUAAGUAAAACCUUAGGUCAAGAACUUAACGCUCCAGCAACAACAACAAAAAAAAUAAAUCACAGGAACAAACUCCAAGUAUGAAAGACUCCUGUUUUCUAAGGAAGUAGGUGAAGGUUUGAAUAAACUGAGAUGACGUUUUGCAAGCAAUUACAAGUAUUCUGAUCUCUCCAGUGCUUAUAGGGAACUGGUUUGUGUUAUUGUUCUGCAAGAUUACAAACUGUAUCAGCUCAAGGGUGUUGAAGGUGUGAUCCCACACAAGGAUCACUUUGGUUGUCAGGAACAAUGGGACUACUUAGAAUAAAAGUCUUUAUGAGCUACUUGUAAUAAACCUGGAACAGUAAUUGUUAUAGCUCUGUGCUUCCAAAUGGAGCUACCCUCUGCACUCUUCCUUGUUUUCCUUCUGGUGCUGAAGCUUCAAGUGUUCCUUCAUCUUCAAUGUUUGCAAAGUGAAACAUUGGCCUUGUAUAACUAAGAAAGUAUCUGUAGACUCAUUCAGGCUGGAAAAACAAAGCAAAGCAUCCAAACAGAAAGGGCUUGAUAUUUAUUUUAUCUAAAAAUUAUUGACAACCAGGAGAGGAAUACUCGACCACGGUUGAAUUUGGGGAAAUGUGUAUGUAUAUCUUUAAAAAAUGUAUUUACAUACUAUAUGCUCUUGCAAGACCAGCGAUAAAGUAUUGCCAUUCUGUAGUUUGCUCUGUGGACAGAAACCAAUCCAGCCUGACUGGUACAGGGUCACCAGCAUUACGUUAUAAAUUGAUGUACUAAAUCAUUGCUUACGUUUGGAUCUGAAUAAUUUUAGUGAAAGUCAGUGACAGUUUAGAGCAUUAACAUAGGCUUAGAUUUGCGGUUUUGAGACAGUUUCUAUAUUUAUACUUGUUUCCACUGUCCCUUUGGACAAAGGGUAAGCAUUAUCCCCAUGGUAAGAAUGGUACGUGCCAUGGAACUGUUUGUCACUGUUUUUUCCAGAGUUUUAAUUUAAUAUUAGCUACGAAUUUACUAAUAUUUGGCCAUUGCAUAACUGUAACUGACAUAAUACAUACAGAAAUUUUACUUAAGUCAUGAUUUGUUGGAGCGUUUUUAUUUUCGGAUCAGACUGAACUAAAGUAACAAACUGGCACAGAGAUAGAGGGUAAGCUCAGUGUUUGUGAGGAGGCUUGGGAGCCUUGCCCUAGAAAAAUGAAAAGCAAAACUAUUUGGUGCUACAGUGUGGGUAUUUCAAACACUAGCAGAUGGUAGUUGGAAAAAAGUCUAAGGAACAGUAGUCCGCCAAAGAGAUCAUUGGGCAGCCGAUCAGGGUAGGGCUGCGUUUGCCUCACUGGGGUAGAGAUGGCAUUGGUAAAAUACAGGUAUGGUGGUCUUUGGCUACUAAAUCUGUUCCUGGUUCCAGUGCACAGUUCAAUAACUGUAACAGGACUAACUCCAACUGAAAUGAAAACAGGUCAGAGGACACCAUGGAAGAACCCUACAUACCUUGUUCAUGAAGUGUGUACAAAAUAUUCAUUGUCAAAGCCAAAACUAGGAAGCAACUGGCUGCUUGCUGAUGUGGAAAAAAAGGUAGUAUGUUUCCCCUCUUUAUUAGGAAGCUCAGUUAUUUUUCCGUUUAUCCAAGGUCAUCAAAAGGCAUGAUGAACAUGAAAUUGUUUUGAGGGACUUACUGUAGUGAAGCAGUCCAAACUAAUUUCCAGUUCCUUGACCAAUACUUAAAGCCCUCGUGGGCACUGGUUGAGGUUUGAAUGGAGUCAGAACACCAGCAUGGUUGUGAACAGCAGUACCAACAGGUUAUUAUGUUUUGAAUUUUUUAAGCUUUUUGUCUGAUAAUCACUUCUAGGAUAAAAAUAAAGAAACAUUUAUUUUCUGCCAAGUUUGUAAAAAUGAACAUUACCAAUACUUUUGCAAAAUGUCAGGUUUUGCAGAGGAAGAGUGCAUCAGGCAAUGUUCAUUUGGUCUUUUUGACAAUGCUGAAGACUAAUGGAUUUAAUGGAAACACUUAGGAACAAUCUCUUUCAUAGCCCACAUCCUACUCCAGUUUAAUUCUGCGGUGAGGUCAGAGGCCAGUGCUUAUAUUAGCACGUUACUGUGACUUCAUUUCAAGAAAAUGUGGGCUUCUAGAAAGUAAGUUCAUUGUCUGGCUGCUGGUUCCAGCUAUUUAAGAAGGAAUAUGAAACAAGAGCUUUGAAAGUUAGAGGUACUUAAGCCAUUUCUCAUUCAUUUUUGCUAGUGAUGGCGAUACUAUUGUGAUAUUCCAUCUCUUUGUUUGGGAGAAUAUCCUUUUUCUUUUUGGUCCCAAAUCUUACGAAGCACACGGGACACAGGACAAAUAUGUACUGGUAAAUAAGAGAGACUUUCUGAUGCAAAAAUCCCUCUAAAACCUUACAAGUUUACAGAGCAGGACAGUAAAAUAUAAGAAGUUGGAAAACUGUUUGGAAGUUAUGUUCUCAAACUGGCUGGAGACCUGAUCCACUGUUCACAAAAAAUGGUAUGGCAUAGUCUUCAUAUAGUAAGAAAAGUAGCACAUUAGGCACCAGUUCCAAGGAUGACCUUAACAAGGGAGUCCCACUCUUUGCUUUCUGCAGCUACAGGAAAAGCUGUGUUUUUCAUGUGCUACAAAAGGAUUCUGUGGAAUGCAUGUGCCAAAAUGUGUUUCCACUUGGGAAUUCAGGGAAAAAAAUCUGUAAGCUUCUGCAUCCCCAUCUGCUUAAGCUCUUUUGCCAAUUUUUUUAUUGCCCUAUUAAAAGUGUGUGUGGGGGGGGAAGCCCAAAUCUUUUAUUCUGAAACUUAAAAGUAUCCUGAAUUUAAGUAUCUGUUAAUGAAUCUACCAGUUUCUGAAAACACUGAUCAGAUGAGAAGUUGGUACAGGCACAGAAAGCUGUUACCAACAGUUACAUCCAUUUCCAUGACUAAACCAUCUGGUUCAUGGAAUCUUCAGGCUCUUCUCUUUCUUCACAAUUUUCCUUGACAUUUGUGUUUAGUCUGUGUUUAGUUUGGCAUAUAGAAGAACUUGGCAAGAUGAGAGCUAUGUAAUUUAGCUUGGUUGGUUUGCUUUUCCUUUUCAUGGCCAAAAUGUUGACCUCUAGCCUGCUUCUUGGUUAUCUUUGGAGCUAAGUGAAAUUUUACAAUUAUUUUUCAUACACUCAGUUUGAAAGGCAGGGCAUGCUUUGGUACUAUAUAAUAUUCUCUACUGGGAUGUAACACAUGGUCCUGUCGGUGACUGUGGGCAUGUGACUCAGGAAAGAAAAUCUUGCUUUUAGGAGGAGUGAAUUGCAUAGGUGCUGGACUCCUGAUGUUAAAUACAUGUACUUUGGAGCAGUAAGUGGAAUUUCACUGACCCUUUGCAAUGUACUGUACUUACGGUGGUUUGGAACGGGCUUCGUAUAUGGUGGUUGGAGAGCAGCAGCAUCACACGAGGUCUAUAUAUCACCUCCGCACCCAAGGGAGCGGUUGGUGAGAUGUUGGCUACCCUAAUAUCAUGCACCUUUCUGCACAGGCGUAAACACGUAGAUAGAUUGAUCACCCAAAAGUGUCUGUUCCUACCAAGUGCUGAAGCCAGAGCCUUUAAAUUAGACCACUGGCAGCAGGGGGUAUCAGCAUUAUCUUGGAAAGAGGCUGUUUACAGGGAUCAUAACUUCCCAAGAACCAAAACAGCCAACACUCGUGUGUGAUAACUUACGGCUUGAAAACACAUUACACAGAGAGGCUAGUAUGUUUUUGAGCCCGAGUGAAGUCACCAGUUGUGUGAUGUGGACGGCAGUAGGCAGCUUAACUUGUUUUUUAACUCGCUCUCGCUACAUUCUCCCCUUUUCCAGCUUUAACGAUUUUUCAGCUCAAGGAAGAAAUGGGCAUUUCCCAUUCCGUGCCUGAUCUGGCAGUUCUUUGUUAACAAGUGCCAGUCCUUGAAAAAACAUAUCUUGCCAAGAGCUUUGGAGUGGCAGGAUGAAGAGCAUUUGUGACUUUGAGGUGGAAACAUGUUGUGGGCCAUAUUUUUGCAGCAGCAAAGAAAUAAAUGGAUUAUUUUUUUUCUAAAUAACACCUGUUUGGUGUUUUCUGAAUAUAGACAUUAAAGCUGAAAAUGGAUUAAAAGAAAAAGGAUGACACCUGAUUGUUGGAAGGCAAAGGACAGGGUCUCCAGGACCACCUGAGACAGUGCACUAAAAAGAGAGAAAAUCUUGGGGACUCCCCCUGCCCGUCUCAAGCUGAUUCCAUAACACAACCCACUUCUGUGCAGUCCUUCGCCACUUGCAGCGCUGGUCUGUUCGAGCGACAUCUCUCGUCAGUGAGACUCCCAAAAGCAGUUCACCAUGGCUGUAGCGUUUCUCCAGGACCGUUUAUGUGCACCUAGAGAAAAGCAGCAGCUUUAAAGUGCUUAAAUGUGGAAAUAAAAAUCCAGUUCCCUUUUGUGGUGGGCAUCUUUUCCCUCUUCCUGUUAUAUUUUAUUGAAAGAUGGGAGGAGUGAGGGGACAUGACCCUGGCGAUCUCUUCUACUGUCACCAGUCUGCUGUCACUCAUGUAUUCCACUAUCUGUAGGUGCUAAAUACUGAGGAAGCAGAAAUUGGGAAUGAAAGUUUUUGGCAAUGCUGAUGAAGGUUCAGUGUAGUUUUGCAGUAUUUUCAUGUAAGUGUACUUGAGUGCUUGAAAAGUCAGGUAUCUCUGUUACAGGGAGUGUCCCUUGAAAUUCAGCUUAUGUCAGAAGGAGGACAGUAAAAAUUUUCUUCUGUAUCUCUAAUUCAAUGAGGGCAGAACAAGCCCAGCUCGUACUGAUAGGAUUGGAGUCCAGAUCCAAAUGUUGGUCUGCGUAUUGUCCCUGGUCCCAUCUGCAUGACUUCCACUGAAAACCAUUAAGUCGCAUGUAUGCUUUGGAAGGAGAAUUUAUCCUACAAAUUCUUUAGUACAGUUUGGGAUCCACAUGGCAAGAUGUGUCUAGCUUUGAUGUACAAGUCCCAGGGUGACUUUACUCACCCUGAGUAAGAAACUUGAGAAGCAAAAAUCCUGUGGAGUUGCACUCCCUUUUUAAGGAGACUUUUCUGGAGUAGAGCUGCAGUCCUGUGAAUCCCACCGAAGACUGAUAGAUGAAAAAAAAAUUCCAUUAGUACUACAAAAAUACACGUUUGUUUGCACUUCAUAGUUUGUAGAGCUGGAAUGUUUUGUCUUGAUUUUGUAUUACUUUUUCUUGAUACUCUUAAAGUACGUGUUUUCCUUUGUAAUGGCCGCUCCUGUUUAGUUUUGAGUAGUUCUUACUCCAUAACUGGAAGUUUAUGUUUAGGCUGUUACAUUUUGCCUUAAUUGGAAUAAAAUGUUGGCACA